UCUCUCAUUCAAAUUUCCAUGCUUAUAUCCACGUUCACAGCAAACAACACAAACAAUAUGUUAGAUACAGCAAGGCGGUAAGACAGGUCGAGGAACGAAGCUUGCUCCGAGAAUCUUUAAACCAACUGGUUCAUUUGGCAACAAAACAAAGCAUUUUUUAAAGACUGUUAAGCUUAGAAUCUCGAAUUUGCAAUUAAAUUGCCCUGUUUAUAUUAUUCAAACGAUUGAAAAUCCGGGAUGGGUUGUGGUAGCUCAAAGGCAGUAAUAGUACCCAGCGCCACGAACAUAGAAGAAGCUGUGAAAAGUCCGAAUGAAGAUGAGAGGAAAAAAAAGACAUCAUUGUCUAGUCGAGGCUCCCGGGUGUCUGUCAAAUCAGAUGGAAAUAACGAUACGAAUUCGAACGUAAACGACACGUCGGGAAAAAUUAGAGAAAUUUCGGCAUCGUCUACGAGAACAGCGGAUAGUGGCAUUAGCGAUUUGCCGGACGAUGGAAUGAUCACGGAAAAUUCUAAUCCGAAUAAAUUGAUACAAGUUGAAAGUUCACAGCGACCAGCAACUCCAGAUCUAACUCUUGAGGGAGUACCCUGUCCCAGAAAACAAAGCGGCAAGGAAAAACGUCGCUUAGAAUUGCAAAAGCGAAGCUCCGAAUCAUCUGUGCCAACGUUUCCUCCGAUUACGAACGGCGGUCUGGUCGAGCGACCGAAGACCAGGGGGGGACUUGCCUUCGACAUCACAUUCUGUCCUGAGACGGGUAACAUGAGAAAAGCUCAACUACCAAAGCUUGAACGGAGAAAAAAGAAGAAAAAACUAACCAAAGAAGAGUUGGAAGAAAAAAUGAGAAAGGCAGCUGAAAGACGACAGGAACAUAACAAGAAAAUCCAGGAGAAAUCUCACGCCUUCGUUCAACAAUACGAGAAUGUUGUUCAAAGAAAACAGAAUUCGGUAGGAAUAACCACAGAACAUGAAGAGAAUUUGGAUAUCGCCAGAGACGAUGAGGCUGAGAUAUUCUAGAAAGAGCCGCUUCUUACAAAUGACCGGCAGUGAGAAAUGGAUAACUAAGGGAUGUGAAACAACAAUUAUAUCAAGAAUAUCCUGAAAAAAAUAUUGAAUAUGAUCGAACGAAAAUGAAAGUGGAUUGUUGCUGUAAUUGAACUCUUAAAUUCCAUCAACUUUCAUUAAUUAAUUCUCAUCCGCAGUUAUCUACUCCUAUGAAUUUCCAUCAACUCUUGUCCAUUUCACCCAUAACUGGUCUCACCUACGCUCAUAAACUCUUAUCAACUUUCAUCCACAUUCAUCCUCACUCAUCAACUCUCAUUCACACUUAUCAACUCUUAUCCACACUUAUUAACUCUCAUCCACACUUAUCAACUCUCAUCCACACUUAUUAACUCUCAUCCACACUUAUCAACUCUCAUCCACACUUAUCAACUCUCAUCCACACUCAUCAACUCUAAUCAACCCUCAUCCACAUUAUCAACUCUAGUCAACCCUCAUAAGUUUUAUUAAGUAACCUAACAAGUACUAAAAGCAACUUAGAAUGAUAAUUCAAACGUUUCUAAGAAACUUGUUUAGACGAUCAAAUUGAUUGAGGUCGAUAACACGAACACUCCCGUGGGUGUUAGAUAUAGGUAGAUAUUUUUGUAAAUAAUACAAUAUAUUUCCAUUAAAAUAUCCCAAAACAA